UGACUUAUGAAAUCUAUGCUAAUAAAUCACUGUCUUAUUCUAUUUUCGACGUGUAACUUUUUAAAUCACGUGAUAUUUAUCAAUAAUUUAGCUUAUCUAAUACAACAAAAUGUCUAGCAGCGGAGAAGAUGAUGAUCAUGAAAAUGAAAAGCUGAAUAGGGAGAGCUCAUCUAGAAAUAAACAUAAAAGAAGACGUGCUAAGAGUCGUAGUAGAUCUCGAACUAGGCAUUCACGUCGGGAUGAUGAUAGAAGAAGAGACAGGCAUAGAGACCGUUCACGUAGAAAAUAUCGAAGUCGAGAUAGCGAAGAUUCUUGGGAAUAUGAGUUAUCUUUAAGAGAGAAUGAUAGAUAUGAUAAAAAAUAUGGUUCUCGUUCUCCUCAGAGAUCUGACAGAAGUGGAAGUUCUGAUUAUCAUAAAUCGGAACGCUCAUUUUAUUCUGAAAGGAAAAUCCCAAAUGAACUACCAAACAACACAAUAAUGUUGAGAAAUCUUCCACCACAUGUUGUAGAAUCAGACAUACAAAUUGAAGUUGACAAUGUAGGAGGAGGUCAUGUAAAAGAAAUAAGGCUUAUGAGAAAUAAAGAUUCUGGAGUUUCCAGAGGGUUUGCAUUUAUUGAAUAUUUUUCAGUUGAUGAUGCUAUCAAGUUCUAUGAAAGUUUUAAGAGAGGAUAUUUUAUGAUGCAAGGACAACAUAAAGUAUUUUUGAAUUAUAGUUCUCCACGUGGUUCUGACCUCACUAUUGAUCCUUCUAAAUCAGAAUGGACAUGUAGUCAAUGUGGGAUAUGUAAUUUCAAAAAGCGAUCCCAGUGCUUUAAAUGCUUUCUCAAAAAAGAUGAAUCUGAUAUGCAUAGUGAUAUUGGGAAAAAUGGUAUAAGUGAAAUGAGUGCCAUCCCUAAUAAAGUCUUACUAUUUAGGGGGUUAGACCCUCUAUCCACAACAUCCGAAAUGGUAGUAGAAGCCAUCCGAACCUUUACUUACUGCCCCAUAACCGAAAUCCAAAUGGGUAAAGAUCCCUCGGACCCAAAUAGCUUUGCCCUUAGCAUGGGGUUUUGUUUUGUAGAGAUGUUGACACUCAAAGAUGCUUCUGACUUUUUGCGGAUACUCACCAACAACCAAAUCUACUGUAGCGACGAAUCCAUACAACAGAUCAUGACGACGCACGACUCAAGUAGCUUCUGCAAUGGUCUCCUCACUAUAGAAGGUGAUCGUAAAUUGUUGGUCAGUUUUGCUAAAAGUGCGUCUGCCUCCUUGGCGUUGGUUAAUGCCACCGUCGCCACUCAAAGGGAAAGGUACCACGUUAGCAUGCAGAGCCAUUUGGGAGCCUCUAAUGCCGGAUUAACCUCCACCUUAUCUAAUAACAAUCGCCUCAUGGCCAAAACUGCCUUAGAACAGGCCAGAGCCAUGAUUUCUUCAACCUCUUUACCCAGCCAUCAAAUGUACCAACAACCUGCUCAAACGUUCCAGUUAACCCUGCCCUUGCCUGCUGGUUACGGGGCUGAAGACAUUACUUAUCCUGUCCCUGAUACCUCUCUAUAUCGGUUCGAUGCUGGCUCUGGAUACUAUUUUGACCCACUCACCCGGCUUUAUUACAAUGCUACCACUAAGUAUUACUAUAAUGGAGAAACUCAAAAGUAUCUCUAUUGGGACGCUGCUAAGAGAAAUUACUUGUUAAUUCCCACUAUUACUGAAUCUGACACUUCGGCAUCCAAACUUAACGUGGUUAAAGAUGUUCCAAAUUACCUUUAUUUCUUAGACUCUUCGAGCACAGUAUCUACCCCUACAGUAAUACCCACUUGUUCUGCCCAGUCAGCCAAAACUACUGCAGUAACAAGCGUUAUCGAAAAAUCAACGGCACAUAAGACACCAAAAAAUACUCCAUUUAGACCUGUGGAAAAGGAUAAGAUUGAUGUUACGGCCUUCAUAGAAAAGGCCUUAUUCGAAUCCAGAAAUACCAAGCUAGAAGUCGAAAGAGCUGCACAAAUUCAGAACAGGAACGAUGCCCGUACACAGGGCCAUAAAAUCACCAAACCCAGCCAUAGCUCUCUACUAGCGGCCGAAGAGAUUAAAGAAAAGGCUAGGCAGGCCAAAAAGAUCGCACGAGAAAUGGAAAAAUGGGCCAAAAAUAUGAACCAGAAAAAGGAACUUCCCCAGCAAACAUUCGUACCUCUCCAACAAAUGGCCACAUCUCAAGUCCAAAUCCAUUCUCCCCAUUUCUCAUUGCAAAAUCAAAUGCAAGCAGCAUUUCCGAAUUCUCUCACCUCAUUGGUUAACACCUACUCCGCCGAUGGUAGUGACUCAGACAACGAUUCAUUUACCACCUCUAGGAAAAAUAUUUCUUCAAAUACCCUCGGCAAUUCGCAACAAUCUAGCAAUCUAUUAGUCAAUGAAACUGGCCUUAGCAAUAAUACCGGCGCCUCCCCUCUCCCUUUUCUAGACGAAAAUAUCUUGGCUUGUCUACUAUGUAAAAGGCAGUUUCAUAGCAAAGAGAUAUUAUACAAACAUGGGCUUAUGUCUCAAUUACACAAAGAUAAUCUGGCUAAUUACCUAGCCACGAAUCCCAAUACCCUUUUGAACCUCAGACAACCCGCUUCUCCUUCAAUGAAUUCUUCCCCCUUUUCAAAUACCAAUACAACUAAUAUCGGUUCCGCUAACAAAUACAGAGACAGGGCCAAAGAGAGAAGGAGCAAAUUCGGAAACUCUGAUGAACCCCCUGAAUUGUCCCAUGAGUUAUCCACUAUGAUAAAAAAUCAAUUGAGCCAGCAAUCCAAAACGCCUCUCUUUUUAGCCACGGCAGCCGGUCUAAAUCCCAAUAUGCCUAAAGCUCCUGAAGUUGUUAUAGGCGAUGAUAAUAUAGGUAAUAAAAUGCUUAAAAACAUGGGCUGGAAGGGGGGAGUAGGUCUUGGCAAAAAUCAGCAAGGCAUCGUCGAGCCGAUUAAAGCUGUAGAUGCUAGAUUAGGUUCUUGCCUUUCAGGUAAUGGCUCCCUAGCGCAAAAUCCUAGCAUUUCGGCCGAAAGGUUUGCCUCCAUUCCGGGAACCUAUCAAGAUAAGAUACGUCUAUUGCUUAAGGAACGGUUUGAGAGGACGUGAAAAUAAAAAUUCAAUGGAAACUUCAACCAAAUGAUUAUGAAUGGAAUUUAUUUCAAAUGGGAUGCAAUCAAAUAAACCUGAGAUAUUUGUUAAAUUUGCUAUAAUUUUUUUUUGUGAUAUUUAUGAUCAAAUACUGUAAAUUUAUAUUGUAUUUUUAUCUUAGUUAUAUUCUAAAUAAAUUAUUUAAAUUUA